CCUGCAAGAAUGGCUGAGGAGGGAGCCAGGGCCAGGGAGAAGUAUGCAAAAACCACCCAGGCAGCCUUCAGAAAAAGGAUGCAGGAGCAACGCCCUACUGAGAAGUUUCACUUCCGAGCCCGGGUCUUGUGGCUAGAACCCCGGGGCUGCGUUUCCGCAGACCGCGGCCACAGCCGCUCCGCGUGGAAAGCAGGCCCGGGAGCAGCGCGGAGCAAAGAGUGCGAGGAGACUCCGGCUGGCAGAGGCCAGGCAGGGCGGUCCGCAGGCUCCCGGGCUCUGGCCACCGCGAUGCUGCCGGCGACGCGGAGCAAGGCGGGCGUGAGCCGGGACGCGCCCCGCGGCGGCCCAGCGCCCCCAGGAAAUACAAAAGACAUCAUAAUCCUGUAUGAGGAAGAUGCAGAGGAAUGGGCUCUGUACUUGAGGGAAGUUUUCUCGCAUGUUGUGAAAACGGAAGCAAUCCUCUUAUAUCGUUUGGAGAGUUUCUCCCUCUGGCAUUUGGAAUUAAUGAGCUUAAAUUCUUACAAAUGUAAACUUUUGAUAUUAUCAAACAGCCUGCUUAAAGACCUAACCCCAAAGAAAUGUCAGUUUCUGGAAAAGGUACUUCAUUCUCCUGAAAGUGUAGUGACUCUGCUUUGUGGAGUGAAGACUUCAGAUCAGCUCUAUAAAUUAUUAAAUAUCUCUGGAAGCAAAUGGGAGGUCUCAACUGCACAGGAGCCUGAAGACUACAUCUCUGUGAUCGAGAGUGUCCUAUUCAGAGGUCAUGAAGACUACCUUGAGUUAAAUAUUCCAGCAGACCUAAGAGUUAACUAUCCUGGGAAAAUAAGCCAGAGAAAGGAAAUUGAUGUCUUACCAGAAGCUUCCAGAAGCAUCAUGCCACUGGUGAUGGUGAUCCCCACUGAAAUUCCAUGUGAGAAUCCUGGUGAAAUAUUCAUUAUUUUGAGAGAUGAAGUAAUUGUUGAGACUGUGGAGGCUGAAUUUACAUCAAAUAAUAAGCGCAUUAGAACACGACCAGCCCUGUGGAAUAAGAAAGUCUGGCGUAUGAAAGCUUUAGAUUUUCCUGCUGGCUUGGUCAAUGUGGAUGUCUACUGUGAUGGAAUCAUGAAGGCCACAACAGAGAUUAAAUACUAUACGACUGCAAAGGCCAUGGGAUGUCUAUGUAGAGUGGCAGAUCCAGGGGAGGGCUUAUGCCAGAAAUACAUUGAAGAACUUGAUGGUGUUCUUACAUCCAUAUUCAAACAUGAGAUACCAUAUUAUGAGUUCCAGUCUCUUCAAACGAAAACCUACCCUCAAGAACAAAAUACUCAUUUCGAAGAUAUUCCAACUCUUCUUCACUGUGCAGCAAAAUUUGGUUUAAAGAGCCUGGCUAUUCAUUUGCUUCAAUGUUCCGGAGCAAGUUGGGCAUCUCAGGUGAAAAAUAAGGAAGGUUCAGACCCAGCACAAAUUGCUGAAAGGUUUGGUCAUAAGGAACUCAAGAAAAUCUUUGAAGACUUCUCAGUCCAAGAAAUUAGCAGAAUUAACGAGGAUGAAAAUGACUAUGAAGAGGAUUUUAUCUCAUUUUCUACAUAUUCUCCCUCCACAGAGAGCCCAGCAUUUCAUCAUGAAAGCAGGAAUACACAUGGGCCAAGUGCAGACGGAGCUGAGGCAAUUGGAACAGCAGGGGGAAUACUCGAGAAUGAAUCAGGCAUGGAGGCAGAGCACAGGCUGGCGGAGGUUGACAGUGGGAGUCCUGAGAACCAUUAUGAUGACUUGUAUGCGUUCAUCCCAGAAGUGGAGCCAGAAAAUUAUUCCCGAGAAUCACGCUUGAGCUACAGACCUCCCCUUCCCCCACCACGACCUGUGACUGCUGGCUUCCAACUGGAAAAGCCUCACUUCAUGUUGCAAGCAGGAAAAACGAAGGAAGGCCAAAUGGAAAGAAGUCAAAACUGGUAUGAUCCUGGUGUAAAACAAGAAAUGGGAGCUGAACCCAAAGGAGAAAAAGAAAACAGAGAGGAUGAACUGGAGCAGGAGGAGGAGGAGGAAGACCCAUACAUCUUUGCUGAAAUUAAUGACUGUGAAUAUGACACGAUCCUGGCCAAUCUGAGUAUAAAGAAAAGAACUGGAAGUCGGUCUUUUAUUAUAAACAGACCUCCUGCCCCCACACCAAGACCCACAAAUAUCCCUGCAAAAGAGGAAACCACACCUUACAUAGCUCAAGUAUUCCAACAAAAGACAGCCAGAAGACAAUCAGAAGGUGACAAGCUCCAUGGUCCUCCUAAGAAACAAGACAGAGCUCGAAUGGAGAGUCCAGCCUUUGCUACCCUCAGUGACUGUCUGGCUGCUGAGCAGGAAGAACUCAUCAUCCUGCAGGAAAAAGUCAAAAAUGGGAAAAUGUCUGUGGAUGAAGCCUUGGAGAAGUUUAAACACUGGCAGAUAGGAAAGAGUGGCCUGGAAAUGAUCCAGCAGAAAAAACUACGCCAACUGCGAGAUUGCAUUAUUGGGAAACGGCCAGAAGAUGAAAAUACCUGUGAAAAGCUCACCAUUGUGCACCAUCCAAGUGGUAACGAAAUUGCCCACAAUGAAAAUCUGUUGUAUAAUGCACCCUUCAGCCAUAAGCUUCCUGCUAGACCCCAAGUUGAAAAGGAAUUUGGUUUCUGUUGCAGAAAAGAUCAUUAAAAAAGGUUAUUACAAUGAAACUCAAGAAUUUGCAGACAUUGCGCUUUCUGCAUGAAACAAGUUAGCAUUUGGAUUGUCUGCUCUCUCCAUGGAAAAUCUAUACCAUGAAAACAGAAGUAAGACUCUGGAGUUUCCAAUUUGUCAUGGUCACAACUUACUAGCAUUGUUCCUGCUCCAGAUGAGUAUAUCAAUGUUAAAAUAGAAUGCCAAACAACGAUCGUGUUCUUUGAAAAUAUUUGCAUUGUGUAAUGCAUUUUGUCACUGAAGCAGCUAGUUCCUAUUUUGACAAUUAAAAGUAAACAAAAGCAAAGAAGUUAAAUGCUGUGUGGCAAAGUUAUUGGGCCCGUUUGAGUCACUAACUUUAAUAGAUUACUCAUCCUCAGUUGACAAUCAACAUGUAAAUACAAAUUCUCUUCCUGCAUUUUCUAGAUUUCUUACAUUCAAAGCUCUAAUUAUUUUUACAUCAUGUUUGCAAAAACCUUUCCUCAUUUAGUGGCUGUUGGCAUACAACUCUAAGAAUCUUAUUUUAUUAAAUCUGUAUCUCAAUAGAGUUCCACAAGUAUAUUCUUUAAAAACUUAGUUUUAUCAACUUAUUUCUUGAAAGCAAUUUACUAGCUUAGACUAAAAUGCAGUUUUAUCAUACUAUGAUUUACACAUGCAAAUGCUACAAAUAAAUUGAAAUGUUCAUAGCUGUGCCUUUUCAAAUAAAUGUAUGAAAAUUAACCACUAUAUUUUUCUGAUUACCAGUAUAAAGAGGGAGUUAUACCAAAAUAUUUAAUAAAUAAAUGAACUUCACUGUGUAGGGCCUAAAUAGUAACCACAGAUGAUAUUUUUUUCUAGCUUCUAAACAGUGGCAGGAAUGUCCAUGAGUAUUUAUAGUCAUUCUGUAAAAUGCUUCUCAUGGGACUCAUAACUAUUAACGUUCUCAAAUAAACUCAUUUUCAAAUGUCAUACAGUAAUUUGAUUAGGCUUCAAUAGAAGGUGCCUUUGGUUAUGACAUUUGCAAAUUCAGUACAUAGUUUCACAUCCACACGGUGAGUCAUCAUUUCUGUGUGCUGUCCCAAAGAGUUAGAAAAAGGGAAAAGUGCUUUUCUGUAACUUUAUAGAUCUACAAAUCUCAAAUGAAUUUAUCAUUUUUGAAGGAAGAACUUCCAUAUUAUCCUUUGCAUGAUGACGACAAUUCUGCCAUUGGCUUUAUUCCUGUCAAAAAUUAGGUAAAAUGUCAACUUUUCUACUUGUAAUGCAAUUAAAUCACUUCAUGCCUCAGACUCAAUUUAGAGUGAAAGUGGGAGAUUGUCUUUCAUACAGGUAGAUAUCAAGUAUCAGGACUUCUAACUGCUACCUUUAUGGUUGGACCUAGAUUAAAACCAUGGCCAGAGCCCCCUUUCCUGGCCCUGGAAAUCUCACUACUUAGUCAUGACAAAGAAAA